CAUACCCCUCAUCCCUAAAUUUCACCACUCCAUUCCUUGAGUUUUUGCAUCUGAUAGAAAAUAAUGGGUUCCAGUUUUGCACAGAUUACAUUAGCAAUGGUGCUAAUUGCUUCGAUGCUGGCAGUUAGCACAGCCAGCAAAGAUUGGCAAUAUGGUAAUUACACUGGCUCGGGGUUCAACAAUGGCUCAUACCACCUCAAUAAGACCAAAGGACCCAACAAGAUCGUAGUUGGUGGUUCGGAAAAUUGGCAUUUCGGAUUUAACUACACAGAUUGGGCAUUGAAGAAUGGUCCAAUUUACAUCAAGGAUACUCUAGUUUUCAAGUAUGAACCACCAAGCAACACCAUACGUCCUCACAGCGUAUACUUGUUCCAAGACUUUCAGAGCUUCUGGAACUGUAACUUGAGUCGAGCAAGAAUGGUGGGAAAUCAGACACAAGGAGGCGGAGACGGCUUUGAGUUUGUGUUAAAGAGGUGGCGGCCUUACUACUUCGCUUGCGGUGAACAUGAUGGUUUACAUUGUAAGGACGGGCUUAUGAGGUUCCCCGUCUUCCCAGUGUUUCGCGGCUGGCAUUAAUGAUCAAUUGGUGCUGAAAGACAAUGAACACAACACACUUUAUAUUCAUAAUCAAUUAUUUUUAAGCAAAUAAUAAGACUUGGUAUGCAAGUUUUUGAGAGACUAUAUUUGAUAAGUUCAGCAGUCACAUUGGUAUUGA